AUGGCGAAAGAGCCCGAAACGACCCUACCAAGGUGCCCAACAGCAGGGGAACCUCCUACCCAAGAGAUGGCACCCCCAAAAUCUCAAAGGGCAUCGGACUUCUUCCGGCAGUGUAAGGGAGGGAAGCAGCGCAUGGAACAAGAUGGCCGCGGCUCCCGCUCACCCACUCACAGCUCAGACGCAGGAUCAGACACAGAUUCGAGGCAAGUAACCGCUGAUGAUCUAUCUGUGUCAGAAAAGCACCUGGGGGCAAUGCUGCAGGACCUACACACCUCUAUGAAGACUGACUUCCAAGCUGCGGUCUCUGACAUGCGCAAAGACAUCCACGAAGUGGACACGGGUGAAUGCACUAGAAGAAAAAACUGA